CUCUCUCUAAGAGGAGACACAGGAUGACGACUGAGGCCGUUUAUGAGGAGAUUCAGCACAGACACAAUCACUUCACUCAGAGGGGGGGCUGACAGGAGCCAGUUUCUUCAGUGUGUUUGAGGGAGCAGACGAGAAACUUGUGCUGUGCUCUGAGUUAAUGAAAUAUUGUGUGUUGAGCUGAAGGAGAAGAUGGACAGCUGUCUGAUGCUGAUGUUUCUGUGUUAUAUGGUAAAACUCAUCACCUCUGACAGUGUGAGUGUGAGGUUGGUGAAUGGCAAUAAUCCCUGUGCUGGUCGAGUGGAGGUUUUUGAUAAAGGUCAGUGGGGAACAGUGUGUCAUGCUCUGUGGGAUAUUGCUGAUGCUGCAGUGGUGUGUAGAGAGCUGGACUGUGGGACGGCUAUAAAGGCAACAUAUGAUGCUCACUUUGGACAAGGAUCAGGACCAAUUUCAAUGGGUUAUGUAUACUGUAGUGGAUCAGAGACUGCACUGAAAGACUGCCGUUCAGACAGCCAGUAUACACAGCAGAUCUGUAAACAUAAUCAAGAUGCUGGUGUCGUCUGUUCAGGUAAGCUGCUCCAAACCUCAUCCUGUUAUUUUAUCACUCUCUUUCAUAAUUCACACUCAAACAAUAAAAUACAUUUCUAUAUGUUGGUGUGGACAAACUGCAUCAAUGUCAAUCUUCUGAAAUUAUGAUCAUGCAUCUUAUGA